GCUCCCCGAGCGACUCCAGAAGCCUCAUGAUGAGCGCCGAUCAUCUGUGCAUUCAGGAUUCGUCUUUUGGUUGCCUCUGUACAAUAGAUUUGUCAGCGUUGAGGAGCGCCUCAUGUGUUCGUGAUGAUUACAGGGAUUAACUUUCACAUUUUAUUUUAUUUUUUAGUGUGAAAAUUCCCCUUUAGGCGAGUGGUCCGUGUUUUCUGGGGUUGUAUUCGUUGCUUGUAUUCGCAACUGUAUUGUCAGACAGGGUCUGGUAAGGAGCUUGAUUCGUGUAAACAGAAUGUGGUGGAACAGGAUGGGUAGAAUGAUGAGAGAUGAAGAAGUGAGAACUUCAGAAGAAACGGUGUCGUGGCUUAUAUUUCGUAUAAGCGCUAGGGAUGAGCAGUAGCUAGGCUGUCGCGACUACGUUGGACAGUGUGUUGGGCAAUCGAGAGCUUGUAUUGGAAAAGAGCUAAAGUUGUUUCAAGUUUGGUAGUUGUCUGCAGUCUAGUAGACUUCAAUUUGAGAGAAAGCGCGUACUUCGAGGAGGUAAGAGGCUACCCUCUGUUUUGCCGUCAUUUCGUUGACCGCGACGUCGUUGCAUUUGGGAUGGCGUUUUUGGGUUUUUCUGGACGCGGGGUUCGACAGUGAGGAAAAUUUGUUGCACUUGUUCGAAUGGGAGUUAUUGUGACGGAUUGGUGCCCUUGGCUAUUCUGUCGUGGAGCUCCUAUCGCACUAGAUUGUUACAGUUGGAAGGUGGGAUGAGUUUUAGUCGAUUUGCGACGACGUGCCUAGAUUUGACUUCGUAGCCUUUCACCUUCCUGGCGACAAGUGGGCCUUGCAAUGUUCUUCCAUGUAUGUGUUCUAUUUGUAAGCACCCCCGCGUGAAAGUUAAGUUAGACGAUGUCUAAUAGUUGAGCCGCACCACAUUUUUUGACUGCGUUGCUUGUGAUCGUCUAUAAAAGUUUCUAAAGCCUUGAAGUGCGAACUCGAAUGUGACGAUCGUCAUAUUUGCAAAAACUUCCCGGCACAGCAAAGCAAGUUAUUUUGCUGUUCUUCUCUAGUCCGUUGAAAAGGCUAUCGGUUGUGUUUCUACUGGCGAGAGUUCUGCAAUGAACCAUAAGGACGGCGUUCUCCUCCUUAGUUCUUCAUGCCAUUUUAUUAGCAUCUUGUUCUUUUAGUUGACCUUCUCGAUAGUGGAAGAUAAGCGAGUCUCAGUCGCUGGAUUAUUAAUGCGAAGCAUCCUAUGCAGGAUGUCACAGGCUCUAGGAGUCUUCUUUCGUUGUUGAUGGCGGAACCGGAGAUCUCCGUGAAAUGCUCUGGAGAGGCCGUGGAUGCAUCGAGCGUCUUGGUGAGUCAAGAGCAAAGAGAUAUUCUGUGCCAGAACUCGAGCGUUGCAUUUUCAAGCUCAGAGGAACUAGGGGAGUCGAAUAGGGCAUAUGAAAUCAGAGAGAAGGAACUGUUAGGAUCUAGGUUCAGCGAUAGUAACAAUGAAAAGAUCCGUGGAAAUAAACAUCACAACAAGGUGACAGACAAGGCUUCAGAGAACGGGAAUUUCAACUCUUUCCCAGAGGAUACGAAGAGUGACACUGUACAGGACCUAAGGAUUGGUGGUUGGGGAAACCGAGGACAGCAUUCGAAUGAAGCCUUGCAAGAUCAUUACAAUGAAUUAGUUCCAUCCACAAGCCUUGACAAGCCUGAAAAUCUUGAGAAUGUCUUCGGGCAAGUUGCUGAACGAUUGGUUACGACUACAUCAUCGGGGGAGAGAAAGGAUGUCGAUCAAAUAGUGUCAAGUUUCCUCUUGAAGCAGUUGAGGAGCUUAGCUGCAAAAGAAAGAGAUUUAGAAGCCAGGUUGAGCCAAGAGGCAAUUGAACAUGUCGUAGAGAAAGUGGAGGGUGAGGUUGAACUUGAACAUGUAAUCAACGAAAUGUGGUUCAGUAUGCGUGCUGACGAGGAAGAACGGGAAAUGGAACGAAGGGAGAGGGAUUUUGAGAUGGAAAGACGUGAGGUACAGCUUGAAGAUGAAGUCGGAAUAUUGCAGGGGAAGGUUCGUCGUCUGGAAGAUGAGCUACGGCUCAGUCAUACUGAGAAGGGCUUUGCUCUGCUGAAAAAACAGGAUGAGAUGGAUGAUGUGAUCCAGAGAAUGCUUGGGGAAAAAGAAAGGCUGGACGCUGCAGCAGUUGGAGAUAGUUCUGCACCAAAUGGAUCGGAGCUGGUGACUGCCUCUCCAAAUCAGCGUCCCGGAGCUAGUCCACAGAAGGCUGUCUUUCUUGCCUUUGAGGAUAUGCUUAAGGAGACUGAUGAACGGGCUAAGCAAGAUCGACACGCCAUUGAAUCGACUCUGCACGCGAAAGCGGAUUUGGAGAAUAUUUUUCAGCACGAACAAAGGAGGUCGCUCGAGAAAGAACGACAACUGGAAAGCAGGUUGCUUGCAAUGGAGAAGGAGGUAAGCAGGGUCUCGGGUGUACUGAGAGAAGCUGAGUUGGCCUUAUCGGUUGAGCAAGCUAGGCGGAGAGAAGCACAUUUGGAAGUAGAACACGUGCUUGGAACGUGGAAGGAGGAAAAAAAGAUUAGAGGGGAAUACGAGGAGAAGGCGAAGAGGCUGUUGUCCUUUCUGAUGAGCAUUAAGGAUAAGUUAACUUCUGGCGAGGAUGGUGAGGAUGAUGCCAAGAGCAGGCUAGCAUCUGUUUCGAAGGACGUGGACAAGGAACUGCAAAGGAUGAGUUCCAAAAGAUUCAGUACGAAAAGGUCUAAGCUACUUGAAAGCGAGCAGUCCUCAAGGUGGAAGAUGCAGCGCGAUGCUGCAAUAGCAGAGAGAGAUAACCUAGAAGAGAAGCUUAAUUUGCACUUGAGAAGGGCAAGGGAUAGAGAAUCAGAGAUUGAAGCAAUGUGGAUGGAGAGAGAGAAAAACUUAGUUACAAAAUGUAGUCAUCUGGAGGCUGCCAUUCUUCAAUGGGAAUCGAGGUAUAAGAAGAGAGACAUUGAAGCGAUGCAAGAGAGGAGACUCUCGGAAAUAGAGCUGGAGGCACAUCGCAAGAAGUGGACUGAUGAGCUUACUGGUUGGGAAGCGUUCGUCCUGCAGCGGGAGCAAUGGGUUGAGGAGCAGGUUACGAAGUGGACUUCUUUACUUGAUGCCAAAGACCAAGAAUUAGGUUCUCUCAAAAAGGAACUAGAACAAGUGGAGACUUCACUAAAAAAUGCCAAACAUGAGUUAGAGAAUUUGCCUCAACACGUUCAUGAUCAUCAAAAACAGAUGCUAGAGAAUUCUUCUCAGACCAAUAUAUCAUGUGAGAGUUGUAAAUCAGGAAGAAGUUUAGAAGAAAGUGAAGGGGAUAACUACCAGAGUAUUGAGAAGUUUGUUCACGAGAUUGAUGCGCCGGAGGAUGUGGACGAUGCCAAACCAGACCUUGGGACAGACAUUGUGGAGGAUUUUAAACUUGAAAAGGAGGAACUUGAGAAAAAAUUGUCUAGUACCUUAUCGCUGAUGGAAGAGUUGCAGAAUGAUUUUCAGAAAAAAAUGGAGCAGUUUGAAGCAGAGAAAAAGGCUCUGGAGGUUGAAUUAUCAUCCAAGACUUCUGAAGUAGAGGAUUUGGUAUCUCAGCUCAACUCAAGAGAUCGUCAAAUGGAGGCUAUCAUGCAGAAGUUUAGGGAUGAAGUAGUGAGCAUAGAUAGAGAAGUUGAGAAGGAGCGGAAGGAAAGAGAAGAAGUGAUGGAAAUGCAUUUUGUGGGAAAACGCCGCCUUGUUGCAGAGAUUCGUGAGAAAGAAGAAAGUUGGCAAAAUGAUCUGGAGGCAAUCACGCAAGAGUUGCUUGAAUCGAGGGAGUGGGCCAAGAAGAAAGAAGAGGAUAUUGUUGUCUUAAAGAAUGAUUUGGAAGCACUUGAUGAGCAGAAGAGGACUGAGGAACAGAGAUUGACCAAAAGGAUACAUUCUUUGUUAGAUGAAAAAGAUGGCUUGACGGCUGCACUUGAGCGAGAACAGAAGGCUCGGGAAUUUUCCGAGACUGAAUAUCAGAAACUGGAAGAAGAGCAUGUCAUUCUUCUUGAGGAAUUGAACGCUCAGCGGCAGAGGAGUUUGACAGAGCCAAAGUUGGGGGAUGCUAUCUGCUGGGGUAAUGCUGAUCUUCAAGCAGCUGUAGAUCGGGUGUCCAAUGUGGACAAACAAAUUGCAGAAGCCAUGACUGCGAUUGAGAGCCUAAGAGAAGAGCUGGACACCAAGGAAAAGCAACUUGUACAGGCUAAGAUUGACAAAGAAGCCGAAUGGGAGAAACGUCGAGUUGCUCUGACUCAAGAGCAUAAAGACAUGUUAGAUAUGCGGGAACACCAAUGGCAGCAGAGAUGGAUGCGUAGGGAGCAAGAGCUCCUUUCUACGAAUGAGGAGAUACUUCAACAACUGGUCGAUCAACGCGGAGAAAAUUCUGUAACGCAAGGAAUCCUAAGAGAACUAGAAUGGUCAAUUAAGCAUGGCGACAUGGAUAUCAAAGCUAAAGUAGUUGACAUACCUAAGAAGGAAGGAAUGGUUAAGGUACACACAUCGCACUUGGAAGAGGUAGACCAGUAUAUUCUGGAUCUUCAAACGAAAUUGGAGGAAUCGGAAAAGAAACGAAAAAGUGCUGAGAUUGCUGCAUCCGUCCGAGAGUUAAAAAGAGCAGCUAGCCUUGAUGUAGCUCUCAUCCAAGGAGACAGGGAUGAGAGGCUGUUGCCGAACAUUGUCAGACAUGAUGGACAUCUCGCGUCCCAUCUUUCUUUAGAAAAUGGAAAUGAGGGCUUGCGAAUACGCACUAGAUCUUCCACUGGAGAGAGAAGUGGGCGAAGUAGUUUCUCUAGUAUCAGGGAGAUGCAGCCUAACUCUUCUUGGGAGCUUGAAAAUUCUAGCAGUAUCGGGCGUCAUGGUGGCAACGUUAGCUCUAGUACUUGGCAUGGUCAGCCUCGAGAUGACUACCCCUUCUCGAUUUUGCCCCCGGUAUCACCUGGACGACGGCAGCAAAAGUGGAUGGUCGAUGCUGCUUGGUUGGAGAAUGUUCGCAAGGAGCAAACUUUCUUAAGGCAUCAACUCGAGAUAGAACGGCAACGGGCUUGUUCACUUAGUCAGGUUGAGUCGGAGAACAAGUUGAUGGAGGCAGCAGUUGUUCGGGCUGUGGAGGAGAAGCAUGAGAUCGAAUCUCAAGUCCUGGGUUUACAACAAGAGGUUGUUUUAUUGCAGAAGAUGCUGGCUGCGAGGUCCGGGACGUCUCGUUGAUUAUAUCCAAAGUUUGAAAUGUACCAUGUCAGAUGAUUAGCUGCAACUUUUGUACAACAUUUUCACAGAUAUGGAGGACGAAUCACAUUCAACCCGUGGGGCUUAUGUUUGCUCACAAUUGUGAUGAAGGUGAACUAGUCACACUGAAAGUUGACUCUUGUAAUUUACAAGCAUGUCUGAUUUUGUAUCAUACAUGCACACUGACACCUAGAAAUUGGCGAAGUACCCGCAGCUGCCUCUCUUUUUUCUUAGACUAACUCUGUGAACCUGAAGAGAUUAUUUUGGUCACCAUGAUGUGGCCACUGUACUUGCCCAUCAAAGCAGUGAACUUACAGAUUGAUAUUUUAACCUCUUGUACCAUGUAUCUAUCACUUAUGAAAUUUUCUCGCAGAGAGGAAACCUUUAA